GCCCGAUGACGCGAAGGUGGCCAACAUUCGUGACUGGCCGCGUCCUCAGUCUGUGACUGAGAUGAGGUCCUUCUUAGGGAUGACAGGCUACUACCGCAACUUUGUUCAGAAUUAUAGCAUAGUGGCCGCCCCUUCAACGGACCUGACACGCCUUGACACCCCAUGGGAGUGGACAGACAGGUGUGAGGCUGCUUUCAAACAUCUGAAGCAUGCGUUGACACACCAUGAAGUCUUGAAACUUCCUGAUCCUGACAAACCUUUCGUGGCGACUAUGGAUGCCAACCAAUAUGGCAUUGGUGUCGUACUUGCGCAGCAGGAGGGGAAGAAGUUGAGCCCAGUAGAGUACAUGCCCAAAACGAUGCCCUCUCAAAAGUUGGCUAAGUCCACCUAUGAGAAGGAGCUCUAUGCGAUCUACAAAGCGCUAACCCACUGGAGGCACUACCUCCUAGGUCGCUUCUUCUAUGUCAGGACUGAUCAUCAGACCCUGAGAUGGAUGAAGACUCAACCGGUACUCUCCGACGCUCUGAAGCGUUGGAUCGAAGUCAUUGAGCAGUAUGACUUCGAACCCCAGUACAUUAAGGGGGAUUACAACAAGGUUGCUGAUGCACUGUCGCGUAGGCCAGACUUUCUCGGUGGGCUGGUCACUGAAUUUGGGCUUGCGGACGAUGUCACUCAAUCCUUGGUGGAAGCUUAUCGCGAGGAUCCGUUUAUGGUCGAAAUCAUACGUAGACUCGAGGCGAAAGACAAAGCAAUUGCCGACGAGUUUGUGUUGGUCAACGGCCUAUUGUUCCUUGAGAAGGUCGGAAAUAAGUGUUUGUGUGUUCCUAAUAGAGAGUCUUUGUGUAGUUUAUUUUUAGGUGAGUUUCAUGAUGCCAUCAGACAUUUUGGGUAUAGGAAGACUGCAGCAAAUCUGUUGCAGCGUUUCUGGUGGCCCACAAUGAUGAGAGAUGUGAAGCUGUACGUGGAGACUUGUCAGGUGUGUCAGAGAGACAAGCCACGUACACAUGCCCCUCUUGGGCUUCUUAAGCCCCUUCCGAUUCCAAAAAGGCCCGGUGAGAGCCUGUCUAUGGACUUCAUGGACACGCUGGUCACCAGCAAGAACGGAAUGAGAUAUGUCUAUGUCAUUGCGGAUAGGUUUAGAAAGUAUGCUAGGCUAGUCGCAAUGCCUGCUACAGCCAAGACCGAGUAUGUGAUCAAGUUGUUUAAAGAGAACUGUGUCAGAGACUUUGGGCUUCCAAAGUCCAUUGUAAGUGACCGGGACAUCCGAUUCACUAGUGAGUUGUGGAAGGCUGCAGCUGCAGAACAAGGAACACAGCUGCAGAUGACUUCUGGGAACCACCCAGAGGCAAACGGGCAAGCGGAGAAGCUGAACCGCGCUGUACAACUCCUGUUGAGGCACUACAUAAAGCCCAACCAGGUGGACUGGGAUGAGAAACUUCCUCUCAUCGCCAGCCUGUACAACAAUGCUGUGCACAGCGCAACAGGGGUGAGUCCUAACAGCCUGCUACUGACUUUUAAGCCUAAACUGCCUCUAGACUUCCUACUACCUGAGAAUCAGCCGACAGCUGCACCUGGAACGUUAGAAUUUGCAUAUCCAUAUGAGCAAUUGAUGCAGCAAGCGGUAGAAAAGAUGCACAAAGCCCAGGCAACAAUGAUAGAGUCUGAGAACAAACACCGCCGCCCAUCUACAUUUCAGGUAGGGGACAAAGUCUGGGUCAAAUCCUUGGAACUGGGACAGGAGCACAGGAUAUCACGCAAGCUCAUGCCACAUAACUUUGGACCUUGGGAGGUUUUUGAUAUUGUUGGAGAGGAUCCGGAUGGGCCAUCAUAUGUCAUUCGGAUCCCUGGUCAUCUUCGCACUUACCCUGUCUUCCACGGCUCUAAGCUUGCACCAUUCGAGGAAACUGAUCAGUUUCCCUCGCGACGCUGGAUGCUGCCCCCAACCAUGGAUGGAGAGGUCGACAUCGAUGAUAUCAUGGACCACAGAGAAAUGCCGGUUCCAAGUCCGACAGGCAGGGGCCGUCCUCUGAAGUCGAAGGUGCAAUACCGAGUUCGGUUCAGACAUCACACUGAUCCAAAGGAGGACAGAUGGUUCACUCGAGAGGAACUGAUGCAGACCGCUCCACAGGCUGUCGCUCAUUAUGAGAAGUCACUGCAGAAAGGAAAGCGCCAGAUUGAGUAAUCAACUUCUCAGAGGACUGUUGAAGUAUGGAGGAGGGAAUGUGAGGCUCAAGGCCUC